CUGGAGCCCGGCGGUUCAGAGCUUCGCCCGGGACGUCGGGAGGACGAACAGAAACCCACCCGAAAUUUUCAUCAUUUCACUAUACACUGUACACUAAUCGUUCUUUAUAAUUUACUGUUUACUUCUCUGGUUAAAUAUCAGUAUUUAUCGUAAGACCCGACGAAUUAACGAUCUCUAUCUCCGUCGCCUCUUUUUUUAUUGUUUUUCUAACUAAAAUAAUUAAUUAUUGCAACAAGAAUCAUCAGUAAUUUAAAGGAUUUUUAAAUGCCCGAUUACUCAAAACGAAAACAUGAAUUGUACUCGAAAGUGAGGAUUAUGUGAGUGGCCAGUGAUAUGAGAGUGAUAUGAGGUGAACAACAGCCGGUUAAAUGUCGAAAUUUAUUAUUUUUAUUGGUACUCCAAUAACAAAUUUGAGGUGGGAAAAUUUUUGGUAAUUUAUUUUAUUGGUGGAGGUGGCGGCGGUGACGGUGGUUCAUUAAAUUACAUCUCACUUUUAGUUCUAUUAAUUAAUUCAUCAUUCAUCAUCAUCAUAAAAAGGAGCCAGAGAAGGAGGAAGAGUAGAAGAAUUAAAUAACAAUAAAAUUUUUAGGAGUGAAUAUUGUUAGUGUACUCGGUAAUAAAUGUGCCGAAGGUGGUGCGCGCACUGAGAUGUUAGUCCAGCCAUGGUCCUGGUCGUUACCAUGAGGACAACUUCAUACGUCAACUAUUAUGUGCUUUGUCUUGUCUGUUGGAUAUUACUCGGUAUCACCGGAGUAAGCACGAGAUCUCACUCAUUAGUGAAAAGAUACGCUGGCAUAUAUCAGGGUCCUUAUUUUGACGAACACAGUCUGAAAAAUUAUACUGCCCAAUUGGGGACAAAUGCUUUUCUUCCUUGCAAAGUCCGCCAGCUUGGCAACAAAUCAGUAUCAUGGAUCAGACGCCGAGACGCGCACAUAUUAUCAGUCGAUAGAACAAUGUUUAUAGCCGACGAGCGGUUUCAAACGAUAUACGCCGACGGUUCAGACACGUGGACCUUGCAAAUAAAAUAUGUCCAGCCCAGAGAUGAGGGGGAGUACGAGUGCCAGAUCUCAACGGAGCAAAAGAUGAGCCACGUCAUUUAUCUCAGUGUUAUCGUGCCAAAAAUAGAAAUCAUGGGUGACCAGGAGCGACAUGUGAAGACCGGAAGCACGGUGACCCUGCGCUGCGUGAUAAAGCAAUCAGUGGAGCCGCCAUCGUAUGUAUUUUGGUACCACGGAGAGAACCGAGUGCUGGAGGACCCACGCGGGAAAUGGUCAAUAAACACGGCGGACAAAGAAAAAGAAAAAGACAAAGACAAAGACAAGGUAGUGGGAUUCGAGAGUAUCCUGACUAUCCACGAUGCCGGUCUUGAGGACUCGGGUAAUUACACCUGCAGUCCCAGUCAAUUAGACAAAGCAAGUAUUCACUUGCACGUGUUGAACGGCGAGCACCCGGCGGCCAUCCAGAGAGGAAUAAGCGCCGCGCUAGGAGGCUCCAGAGCGCUCUGGUGGCUCGCCGGUUGCGUCAGUUUAUCCUUUAAUCAGGGCAGACGUACUCUCGUCCUUCUCGUUCUCGUUAUCAUCCUCCUUGUCACUUAUCAGAGAUCCAUUCGUCUGGCCUACACCGUCACACGAUAAUCCUCUCCGUUAAAUUAUUAUAAUUACAUCAAUUAUUGUAAAUUUAUAGAUCCACCGCUCUCUCUCGCCCCCUGUUGAUUAUUUUUUUUUAUUGUUUGUUGGCUAAGGACUUCUCGAUCUCUGAUUGUGAUUUAUAUUUAGAUUUUUAUUAUUAUUGUUUAUGAUAAAUAUCAACCCGUCAUGAGGACUACAGGAGACUCUUGUGUUCCAAGUGAGAGGAAGAAAAAAUCCAGCAAAGGUAGAAUAAGAAAGAUAAAAAAAAAGUCUUCCUGAUAUGAGGUAUUCGUGAGCGAGCGAACGACCCGAGUCAGCAUCGAUUUAACUAUUAGGCGCGCCACGCUUCCGUUCUCCGGGGCAUUUCAAUUCGUCUACACUUCCUCGAGGAAACUCACCCUCUCUAGUCUCAUUACCUACGAUUCAUCACUAGGUUACUUUUAUAUACAUAUUUCAAAGAACUUUAAGUGAUAAAAAAUAAUAUUAUUUCAACGUCUGAGAUUAAUUAUUCUGACAAGUGGAACGGGUUGAGUUUAAAUCAAAAGUCGUUCGUCCAAAUGCUCUGUUAAAUUAAAAACAACUAAAGAAAAUAAAAAAAAAAAAAAAAAAAAAAAUAAAGAAAGAAAUGGUUAAGAAAAAUAAAUUAUAAUAAAUUUUUUAUAAUAAAUAUCGUUAAAGCCGGGGGCGUUUCAGAGUUUAUUCGAUCUUUUGCGUUAUCGCGUAAAACUUUCACGUAAAAUAAAUGAUAAACAAACAAGUAAAGAA